AUGGAGAUUGAAAGCAUUGUGGCAAACAGUGCCCUGGUUAGAGCCAGAGAAGGUGGAGGGAGUAAAGGCAGGAGCGGGAAAUGGAGAGAGAUGCUUCGCUUCCCUCACAUUAGUCAGUGUGCAGAGCUGGCCAUGAGCAUAGAACGAGACUACUACAGUCUGUGUGUGAAGCAGCCAAUUGGAAAGAAGCUGUUUCAGCUCUUCUGUCGGAGUCGGCCCAACCUGCAGACCUUCAUGUCUCUUCAAGAUGCUCUGGACACCUUUGAGACAAAGUUGGACGAGGAAAGAAAAGAUUUUGGCAUCAGCAUCAUCCAGAGAUUCCUCAUGAGGCAGUCCAAUCAGUGCGUGUCCAUUGUGAUGAAGCAUGAAGAAAGCUGCAUCCAGAGCCUGGAAGUUCACCCCUGCACUGAUGUCUUUCACGCCUGCAGGGAAGAUCUACAUAAACACCUCAGUGGAGAGCCCUUCCAACAGUACCAGGACAGCAUGUUCUUCGACCGCUUUCUGCAGUGGAAGAUGGUGGAGAGGCAGCCCAUCACCAAGCAGUGCUUCAGGCAGUACAGGCUGCUGGGCAAAGGAGGGUUUGGAGAGGUGUGGGCUAGCCAAGUGCGAGCCACAGGAAUGAUGUAUGCCUGCAAGAAGCUGGAGAAAACCCACGUGAAGAAGAGGCGAGGAGAGGCCAUGGCUCUCAAUGAGAAACAGAUACUGGAGAGGCUGGACAGCCGGUUUGUGGUGAAUCUGGCAUAUGCUUAUGAGACCAAGCAUGCUCUCUGUAUGGUUCUGACUAUGAUGAGUGGUGGUGACCUGAGGUUUCAUAUAUAUAACAUCGGCGAGCCUGGCCUGGACAGAAAGAGAGUGCGCUUCUACGCUGCAGAAGUCUGCUGCGGUUUAAUUCACCUCCAUCAGAUGUCGAUAUUAUACAGAGAUCUGAAACCAGAAAACAUUCUCUUGGAUGACAACGGACACAUUCGCAUCUCUGAUUUGGGUUUGGCUGUGAAGGUGUCUGAGGGGAGUCUGGUGAGAGGCAGGGUGGGCACGCUGGGAUAUAUGGCUCCUGAGGUGAUCGGCCGCGAGCAUUACGGGAUGAGUGCCGACUGGUGGGGGCUCGGCUGUCUGAUCUACGAAAUGACCGCUGGGCAGCCGCCGUUCAGGGCCAGAGGAGAGCAUCCAAAACCCCCAGAGAUGGAGAGAAGGAUCCAGAAAGAGCAGGAGGAAUACAGUGACAAGUUCAGUCAGAAGGUGAAGGACCUCUGCUCCUUGCUGUUGACCAAGGACCCAGAAGAGAGGCUGGGCUGCCAGAGCUCAGGUGGCAGAGAGGUUCAGUAUCACCCUUUCUUCCAGAAGAUAAACUUCCGGAUGCUGGAGGCAGGACUUGUUGAGGCUCCAUUUAAACCCGAUCCCAGACUGGUGUACUGCAGCGAUGUGCAGGACAUAGAAGAGUUUUCCAUAGUGAAGGGCGUCACUCUGGACCAGAGAGACAGUGAUUUCUACUCCAGAUUCAAUACAGGGAAGGUUCCCAUAAGUUGGCAAAAUGAGAUAAUAGAAACGGGUUGUUUCAAGGAGCUAAAUCUUUUUGGUCCUGGGGGAUCUCGCUCUCCAGAUCUGGACUGGUCCCAGGCCCCUGCCAUCCCCAAAGUCCCUAAACGCCGCCUGCUUGACCGAAUCUUCCGCAGACAUAACUCUACGGAUUCAUCAGACGAAAGCAGAGACAGCUUGGUGUCCAACAACAGCUACGUGAGGUCAGGACUCCUCAGCUCUACGCUCUGAGGAAAAUCUCAGCUCAGAGACUGCUUUAAAGACAAAAACGCAGCAAUCCAGUGUAGCAGCAACGGGCUUCUCCCCCUGUAAAUCAAAGCACAACGCACCUUUGUUUUUGUACUGUUCUCCCUUCACUCAGGUACACUAUAUUCACACUUGCUUCUUCAUCCGCUCUCGGUAGAACUGACGUAUAAUUUACCUUCCGUUACGCACAGCAGCAACGCAUCAUUUAAAAAACAGAAUGUGCCAUGAUUUAAGUGCUUGAAUUUUGAUACAAAGAGGAUGACGUGGAGCUACUUAAAAACCUUAAACUGAUUUCAACAGUUGUACUGUUUUAGCUGAAACAGCUGAGCCUAAAAUAAAGCUUUUUUUAUGUAGUGGUUUUCACCAACAGUUUUAUGCAGAUUAAAUGUAAAAAACAGGAAAACCAAACAUCAGACUUUUUACUCUUUUAUUGUGACAUACUGAACACUUCACUCUUUGGGGUAUCUUAAAAAACCCUCAAAUGUGUCAAAGCUGAUCAUAAUUCUUGUGUUAAAAGGCAAAAUCUGUGAUAAGAAGUGAAGUGUUGGCCUUGAUUAAAAUGCUAAAACACUGAGGUGAUUAGUUGUUUAUCUGGAACAAGUUUGAAGGAAAUGGCAGAUUUUUGUUGUUACAUUGUUUUAUUCUGUUUUUUGCUGUUGUUUUUAAAAUAAAUAAAAAAUCUUUUGGAUUGUCAUUCAAAGCAAGAUGUUCACAGACUUGUAAUGGACAUUUUAAAAAAUAUUUUCUGACAUCUUUUAGAAAAAAAACCUAUGAAUUUAUAAGAAAAAAAAAAUCAACAGUUGCAAGCAUACUGAGCCUAAAACGUCACAACAGAGGUCAGAAAUUGACUUCUAUCUGAAUCCAAAUCUGACAAGCAUACAUUCAUUUUCAAGAAAAGACCCAAGC